UAUUCAAUGGAUUGUGAUAAUUUAAUAAAAGAAAUCAAUUUUACGCAAUAAUUUGAAAUGUUUAAACAUAUAAUUAACUAGUUACCUAAACAGUAAAAACUGGCACGGCAGCACGAGAGAAGACGUCAUGUACUUUCCAAUUGGUUGGCCUAAAUCAGUGAAUUUGGCAUUGCCUGGUGAAAGUGAGGCCAUUAAACACAUCAGUUUUGAUGCAGUUAAAAUAUUAUUAGCUGCUAUCGGUUCUGAUUUUUUGGGUAUUUGGUAUGCGAAUCCUUUGGUACCAAUUGUUUAUAGUCGACGAAACUUAGAAUCUAUGUUAAGUUAUGGUGCUAAUAAACUCAUCGUUUGGAAACCUGACUCGAGACAAUUAGUCAUUCUAACUACAGGAGGAAUGCUAUUGCUGUAUCAAGUUGAUUUCGAUAGUAAUGGCGGUGGUAUAUUUCUCCAAGUGGAUCCUCCGACAGUUAGUUUGAAAAGAGAUUCGGCUGAAUUGUUCAUUAAAGAGAACAUUCCUCAGUUGAGCCUUAAAGAACGGUGCAUUGUACAUUUAAGUUUUACAGUAACGGCAGUUUGCUGCAUUAGCUUAACAGAGCUCUUAGUAGCAACUGACACAUGCGAAUUGAUUCGAAUACAAUGGUCUGAAUUGGAGGCACAGGAUCUUAGUCAUAAUGAACCAAUGGGUGAAAAUAUUAAAUUGCGCAGCAUACAGUUUUAUGUAAAUCAGCAUUGCAAUGUUAAAAUGGUGCCGCCAAUUGCAGCAAACGCGUACCUGUCAUCUUUAGAGUAUUCGCCAUUUAUUGGAGGUUGUGCAGCUGUAUUCAGCGAUAAUAGAGCGGCAUUUUUAAUAGCUAAUCAUUUAAGAUUUGAAACGCCUAAUAUGCAUGGUUUCUGGAUACCAGAAGUAGAAGAUGCGACCGUUUGUGGCGUUAAUCAUAAGUUUCGUUUAUUGGCAUUUGGUAGGCAAAAUUCCGAUAUUUCUGUAUAUUCCAUAGAAGAUACGACUGGUAGUUUAGAAUUUGCGCAUCGUUUGUCACUAAAUUCAUCCGUAGUGCCGGGAACAUUAGGAGCUGUUAACGAGCUAAAAUGGAGUCCAGACGGUUGUGUUGUGGUUGCUAGUUGGGAGAAUGGCGGUAUAGCUUUGUGGAGUACCUUUGGCGCACUACUGAUGUCGUCACUAAGUUGGGAUUUUGGGGUGCACGUCGAUUUGGCGCAUAAUAACCCAUUGAAGGUCAACAAAUUGGAAUGGUCCACGGAGGGUUAUCAAUUAUUCAUGACUUGCAGGCAAAAGGAAAGGGGCGAUAGAUCGAUGGAUGCACCAUUUUCCAAUGUUCUGCAACUCAGUUUUGUUAAAAGCUGUUUGACUAUGAAUCCAUGUAUGACUUCUCAUCCGCACGUUCUCUUACAAGGUGAUGACACUUUAUACUUGAAUCAAGGCGACAACUUGGAGAAAAUCUAUUUCGGUGGCAAAUUCGUUUUCCCAAACGAUCAAACAGGAGCAACUAGCUUAUUGACAGACAUGGAAUCAGGGGAUUGUAUCGAGGUGAAAAAUUCUGUGGAUAUAUCCAGUGUUUUGGCAGAAAGCAAAUACUGGACGGUAUUACAGUUACCGCAGACAUAUGCCGCCACCAAUUGGCCAAUUCGUUACUCCGCUAUAGAUGCUGAAGGUCUUCAUUUAGCCGUGGCCGGUAGAACAGGCUUAGCCCAUUAUUCUAUGCUUACGAAAAAGUGGAAACUUUUUGGAAAUGAAUCGCAAGAGAAAGACUUUGUAGUAUCCGGUGGUGUGCUGUGGUGGAAGGGUUUCAUUGUUACGGGUUGUUACUCUUUGCUUGAUCGCACCGAUGAAAUUCGUUGUUAUCCGGAAGAGUGCAAAUUAGAUAAUCAAUUCGGUAAUAGAAUACAAGUGAGGGCACCUGUCAUUUCAUUGAAUAUGUUUCGUGAUCAACUGAUUGCUUUAACUGCUGACGGCAUUGUUAGUCUCUUUAUGAUGCGUAGACGCGACGCCUAUACUCUGAAUGCCGUCUGUGCUUAUGAAGUGGAUGUGAAAAGCAUUUGCAUACAUCCAGCUUGUAUCGUGUCGCUUACCGUUACCAAUUUGCGCAGUGACUUUAUUGCGAAAACUUCAACCUCUGGAGUAGGGAGCAACGAGUCUACCCUUGUCACUACACCUGCUGAAACGAUCAUUGUGAACGUAUGCGGCCGGAUUUUAAUGAUACAACGCGAUAACAGCAAUGCUGUUGUUAACUCUCUCAUGGCUUCUUGCCUAGCAUCGUGUGUCGAAUGUUUCUGGCUUUCGAAUUCUACUCAAGAAAGCAGUCCGAUGCGGGAUUGCCUGUGGUUGUUUUCAGGUGUCCACGGCAUGCGCGUUUGGUUACCAAUUUUACCACCAGUUAAUGAGCAAAUACGUGACGCGUCCCAUCGUUUGCACACAUUUAUGUCGAAAAGAAUUAUGCUGUCUUUCCCAUUAAAAUUAUAUCCCUUGGCUAUACUCUUUGAUAAUGUAAUUGCGCUGGGCGUGGAAAAUGAAACAAUACUAUAUACGAAUGAGACGAACUCGCAUUUUUCUCUUCCGUUUUCGCAGCUGGAGCGUAAAUCUCAAGUAUAUUUGCAUAAAAUCUUACGUCAGCUUAUCAAACGCAAUUUAGGUUACAGCGCCUGGGAAAUCGCUCAAUCAUGUCGAUUUCUACCGUAUUUUCCUCAUUCGCUGGAGCUGCUGUUACAUGAGGUACUAGAGGAAGAGGCCACCAGUAAAGAGCCCAUACCGGAUGCGCUAUUACCGAGCGUUCUCGAUUUCAUACGCGAGUUUCCUGUCUACUUGCAAACAAUAGUUCAGUGCGCGCGUAAAACCGAAAUUGCGCUGUGGCCGCAUCUAUUCUCGAUCGCAGGCAAGCCUAAAGACCUGUUUCAGCAUUGCUUAGAGUCCGAGGAAUUGGCAACGGCCGCUAGUUACCUGAUAAUUCUGCAAAAUCUUGAACCCUCGGUUAUUAGCAAGCAAUAUGCGACGCUAUUGCUGGAAGUGGCUUUGCUCCACCGCAAAUGGGACUUAGCUAAAGAUUUAAUACGCUUUUUGAAGGCAAUCGAUCCCAAUGAAAUUGAUUCGCCGCGUUCUUCGAUGGUUGUUAACGUAAAAAUAGCUCCGCCCCCUCAAUCGCAAACGCAGGCAAAUCAAAAUCCUGACGCAUUUAAUCUGGUAUUGGGACCGAUUGCACGAGAGCGAAGCUUUUCCACCACGGGUUUGGCGAAUGUUAACAAAGAGAAAAAAGAAAAAAUAAUGACGACCAAUGAAACAGUGACUGUCUCCACACCCCUUAACGGUACUGUGAGCGGUGCUUUUGUGGUACGCAGAAAAUCUGAACGAAGUAACACUAUACGAGAGCGCCGCGAAAUAUUUUGUAUCGAGACGAUUUUGCAUCGUCAUGCGCGCAAAUUACUGCGAAAUUACAGACUUAUUGAUUUAGGCCAUAUGAGCGCAUUUUUGGACUUUCAUUUAGUUACUUGGCUGUCACAGGAAUCAGAUAAAGCUGCCUGUUUGGAAGACUAUGUUACGGCAUUGAUAUCGUUGCAUGAGGAAUUGAAUUUGCCCCCACCUGCGAUGUCUAUACCUCCUAUUGAGGAAUGCGAUACGGAUUACACGCAAUGGCAGUUGAAAGCUCAUUCAUCGAGUCAAACCUCUGAGUCAGGAUAUUUUAGUUUGGCCUUAAUGGAUACACCGACAAGCACCAAUAACGGUAAUAUAGCCCAAAUUCCGUCCAUUAAGGAGAACGAGGUUCUCCAAUGUACUGCAAGCGUCCCCUUUACAGCUCAGCCCGGUCACGCAUCGGAAUUUGUGAAAUCGUCACGUUCUAAUUCUCAAAUAUCUCUGGAUAAUACACCCUAUCGAAGGUAUCAUUCUUUACACGGCGACAUGUCUUCAUCUUCCCUUUCAUUGGGUAUGCAAUACGUUGAAGGACGUCAAAAGAUAUUACCUGAGAAGUUAGCGAUAAAAAUCCGUUAUCUGCUGCAAUUAUUCAUUGAGGCUAAUUGCAUUGAUUUCGCCUUGGUCCUUUCUAUUUUAUUACAAGAUGCAGCCUCCAUUGGACGAAUAAUAAAUGUGGUAAUACGUUCCGAGUCCUUGGCCGCCUGUGGACGUAUACAAAAUUCAUUGAAACGAGUGACACAAUGGGCAUUCGAUCACGAGUGCAUGUAUGGUGCAUUUAUGGUAUCGUUGCAACCACACAUAUAUUUGUUGGACCAAUAUAUGCAAUCAUCCGUUAUUAUAACUGGAGGUCAAGCUAAUCUGAACAAUAAUCGAAGCGUUGACAAUGGGGAUAUAAAUAAUUCUCGUAAUGUCCCUGGCUUAGCAGAUCAUCAUCACCAGAUUGAUGGCUUGAAUAAUUUAUUGUCAAAUAAUCAUUCUAAUCACAAUGCAGACCGCAGCUGGUCAUAUGAUAAUUAUUCCAUGGAUAAGAACAAAUACAACAUAACACGUCAAUUGAGUAUGGAUACCAAUCAAAAUUCUUCCACACCGCAUCAAACGCAAGUUAAACGGUCCACUUCCCUCGAGCAGAUCGGACGGAGCGGUUGCACUGUUAUGUAAAUUCUGUUCAAUGUUAAAAUUUUACAAUCAACCAAAUUCUUCAAUCAACAAGCCGUAAGACGAAAAUAUCUAGUAAUUUGAAAUUCUAUUUUGUUAAAAUUUAUUUUAUUAUUCUUAGCGUAUCUUAAUAUAAUUUUAUUUUGCCCUAUUCCCCUAUUUUUCGUAUUUAUGUGUUCGUUAAACGGCUAAAGUUGUUAUUGCAGUACGUAUAUAUACAUGUACAUUCUAAUUAUAUAUUUAAUAUGUAUAAAUAUAUGUAUAUAUAUAUAUAUA